UCAAGGCAAAAGGUGUGUGCUUGUGCUAUAAUCUGAUACUGGAUCUGCUAGCUUGUUGGAAGAUUCAUCCGUUAGUGUUUGGAUAUACAACCCAGUGGAUGGUUAAUACUGCGUGCUCUAAAAUUUAACCACCAUUACCAGUUUGACGAUGCACCUCACCUCAGGAUCCAAAUGAGCCAGUCUCACUGUGGUUCCAUUCCUCUUCUCUAGCCAUCAACAAACCUUAAUCUUGAUGCUAGUUCCAUUUCUGAAAGAACGUGAUCGUUUAAUUACUCUGAAAUUGCAUACUUAACCAUGCUAUGAGAAGUGCCAGAGCCAUACAAAAUCAAAGAACACUCCUGUCGUCCCAUGUUUUUUAAUUAAUAGAAAUGUCAUCAAGUCUGUUUUGUCUUUUAGAACGUCUGACAUAUCGUCAAAGGCUUUGAAAGAGUCCUACUCAAGUGUAUUUUACUAAAUAUACACAGAAAAAUUCUUUACAAGGCUAUCUAAAGCCACUCUAUUUUUAGUUCCAAAAAAAAAAAAAAAGAAUUCCAAGAAUACAUUAUUUCUUAAUAUAUAUCAUUGUCCAAAAAUAUCACCAGUAACUGAAUCUGUUAAGAACGAUUUCUUUUUCUCUCUCUUAGUCUCAAACACAUAUGUCUAUUUCUCCUCCCAUUGCUCUCCAUCUUCCAUUUUCAUUCGUUUUCUUGCACAGAGAAAAGGAAGGAUCUGCAACCACCAGAGAAAAAAAAGAAGCCCCAUUAAAGAAAACUGCACCAUCCCCGCCGGCAACGCAACCGAUAUCUCACCAUCAACAAAAGCAAACAAUAACAACAACAUCAAACAAUAUGAGCAUUCCAAGGAUUGGCAACGGCACCACCCAAGCUUGUGCUGCCUGCAAAUACCAGCGUAGGAAGUGCGCUCCUGACUGUAUUCUCGCUCCUUAUUUCCCUCAUGAUCGCCAAAGACAAUUCCUCAAUGCCCAUAAAUUGUUUGGUGUUAGCAACAUAACCAAAAUCAUCAAACCCCUAAGCCAACCUGACAAGGACGAAGCUAUGCGAACUAUCAUUUUCCAAUCAGAUGUUCGGGCCAGUGAUCCCGUUGGAGGCUGUUAUCGAAUCAUUCGUGAGCUUCAACGCCAAAUCGAAUACCACAAGGCUGAGCUUGAUCUUGUUCUUCAUCAACUAGCCAUUUGUCGAGCUCAAGCUCACCAACAAACUCACUUCCAGAUGCUAGAAACCGAUGAUUCAACAACGCUUGAAUGUGAGAUUGUUAAUCAAGAUUCUUUGGAUAUUUAUGAUCCCACGAUGAUGCAAUAUCAUUAUCCACAAACGCAAGAAGAGGAACAAGAAUUUGUGGUUCCAGAUCAUGAUCAACAACUGCAAGAACACCUUGUCAAUGAAACUGCAGCCUUGACCAUCCAGGAUUCUACUCACGUUGUUUCAUCAUCAUCAUCGCCAUCCUUGCAUAAUGUCAAGCAGCCUUAUGUUAAUGAAUGCGACGAUAUCAAGCCACUUCUUGACAUAAACGACGUCAAGUUUGAGCCUGAAGAGUUAGUUGAAAGGAAGUUUGUACCAUCGACACAGUUAGUUAUAUCAUCAUGAAGAAGAAUACUUAUUCUUGUUAACCGUACAUGCAAAGAGGAGGAGGAAUAAGAAGAAGAAAGAAAUGCCCAUAUCUUAAUUUGUUUUGUCGAAGGUAGGUUUGUGUUCCAUAUCACAUUCUAGGAGAUUGAUAAGUGCUACUGUUUCUGGGUUUUCAAUGUCUUAGAGCUGUAAAAGGAAAAAAAAAUUACACAGCUCUGAUUUUCCCUGGAUGUAAAGCAGAUCUAAACAGGAGUUGUAAGCAUUAAUUGAUCAUUAGCUUCGUUUAAUGAUAUAUGACCAAGAUUAAUGGACAUCAAAUAUAAAAGAAUGCUGCAAAUCUCUUUUAGGCUUAGAAGAUGAGAUUUGAAAAAUAUGCUUUCAAUUUGGAAAUUUGUAUGAGAAUUCAAUCAUUUGAUCAUGGACAAUGAUCUUUAUGCAGAAGAAAUAAGUAUUUUUUAUUUAUUUUAUAUUGUUGUUAGAUGAUAUAUAUUGCAAAUUAAAAACUAAAUUAGAACAAUUUUA